AUGUCGCACACCGCGCUACUGCUACUACUCGUCCUCGCCAUUGUUUCGCCUUCGCUGGCGCGCGGCUACAUGUACGACUACUCGGUGUCCACCUCGUGUGACUGCCACAAGGUCGCCAACGGCACAUGCAUCCACUGGACAUGUUCGAGCGAUGCCGAUUCGGCCUACCAGUGCUUCUGGGGCGGAUCCACCGUCGAGCUCGAAACGGGCGAAAAGAUCCCCAUGUCGAUGCUCAACGUGGGCGACUCUGUUGCCUCGCUCGGAUCCGACGGCCGCAUUCGCUACGAGAAGUUCCAUGGCUGGCUUGACAUUGACUCCGACCGAUUCACCACGUUCGUGCGCCUUCACGUCGGAUACGCGACCGCCAUCACGCUCACCAAGGACCACCUGAUCUUUUUGGUCGACUACGAAACGGGCACCGACAUCUCUGGCCAGACGCCCGUUCAGCCUGGUGAUCGCGUCUGGCUCAACGAAAACGGCCUGGCGGUGGCGGUGGAGAUCACGAGCAUCACCUACCACGAACUGAGGGGCAUCUACGCGCCGUUCACGGACAGCGGUACCAUCCUGGUCAACGACGUGCUCGCGUCCAAUUACGCCAAGGUCAGCUCGCCGCACUACCUCGUGCACGACGUCUUCCUGGCGCCCAUGAAGCUCCUCGCCGGAACGCCCCAGAAGCGCGGGGUGCACUGGUAUCCGGCGCUUCUCAACUACCUCUAUACCUCUUUUAUGUCCGAAUAA